AUGCAUAGUGAGCACGACAAAAUGACAGUUUGACACAGCACUUAUUGUUGCUGCAGCACCAGGUGGCCUGUCUAGUCAUUUUGUCCUGCAGAGCGUGACAUUAUACAAAGAAGAUGCCGGCGGCUAACGACCCAAAACGGAAAUCAUGUGACGGGAACAAAUUUAAGGCAUCUUAACCGAGACUGUCCUCCUUAACCGAGUAACGAAGCUCAGUUGCCACGGACAUCUGGACAUCUUAAGUUUAGCCACAGUCGUUUACGAAAAUCGCAUAAAGCCAAGUGGAGCAACGAAUAAUUCGAGCAUCCUUUCUCGCAUUAGCUUAUUCGCCAUGGCUGAGCAGCUGUCUCAGAGUGAGCAGGACUAUCCUUUUAAACUGUUGGAAUACAUUAAUGGCUUCAAAAUUUCCAAGGUAAUUUUCACAGCCAGUCAGCUUGGUGUUUUUGACUUAAUGCUACAGUGCCAGAAAGCUCUGAGUGCUGAGUGUAUUGCAAAGGAGCUGCACACAAGUCAGAAUGGCUUGGAGAGACUACUGGAUGCCUUGGUUGGGAUAGAUAUUCUUGAUGUGGAAAUUAUCAAUGGAAAAGCAUUUUACAGCAGCACUGAUGUCUCUGAUCUUUAUUUGGCUAAAGCAAGCCCAAAAUCUCUGAGUAACAUGAUUCUGUACCAGUCUCAGAAUAUAUACCCACUGUGGAACUUCCUGCCUGAUGCUGUGCGGGAGGGAAGAAGUCAGAAUGAAAAAGCAUUUGGGGCGUCUUCCAAGGACACUUGUGAAGCCCCUUUUAGGUGUGAAGAAGAAUUGCUGAAGUUUAUGGGAAUGAUGCACUCAACUUGGGUAUUUGCAGCCCAUGAUGUUGUGACAGCAAUUGAUCUUUCACCUUUUAAAACAGUAGUUAACCUGGGAGGCUGCACUGGUACCUUGGCACGUGAAGUGUGUCUUGUCUACCCACACUGUAGCGUUACUGUAUUUGAUAUACCUGAAGUGGUAAAAAUGGCCAAGAAGCACUUUUGUGGAAUAGAUGACUGUAUCACAUUUAAAGAAGGUGAUUUCUUCAAUGGAGAGCUUCCAGAAGCCAAUCUGUAUAUCCUAGCUGGCAUUAUUCAUGGCUGGGAAGAGGAGAAGUGCUUGCAGCUGCUGCACAAGAUUUAUGCACAGAGCAAGCCAGGUGGUGGGGUCCUGAUAGUGGAGUCCAUGCUCAAUGAAAACAGAAGAGGUCCCAUCUUCUCUCAGCUCCUUUCCCUCAACAUGCUGCUUCAAAUGGAAGGAAAAGAACGGCCACCAUCAGAAUUUUUCAAGUUACUUACUACUGCAGGAUUCAAAGACAUUCAGGUUCAGCGGACUGGAAAAUGCUAUGACGUUGUUCUUGGAAUUAAAUGAUUGUCUAUAAUGGAAUUAAGAGUAAUUUAUAAUUCUUCAUUUUUCUUCUUAUGUAACUGUACACUUUAAACAUGAAUCACACUUGCAAUAAGUAUUGUAAUGAUAUUUCAUUUUAUUUAUUUUAUUGUAGCACAAGCAUAUUACUAAAGGGUAACCUGAGUUUUUAAUUAAAAAAUCGAUACUUUUAAAA